AUGAAGACUCUGGUGGCUCUGCUGCUGCUCUGUCUGUGUGAUCCUGGACAGAGUGACUGCCAGACUGACUGCCUGUCCUGCAGCAACAUCCUGCCAAAACAGCUCAGUUUCAACACCAUGGUGUGUCUCAUUGAAUGUGAAGGCAGCAUCUCUCCAGCCUUCUCCUGGGACCUCUGUCGUAAGGUGCUGUCGUCUCCAGGGUCCUCCCUCAGCGGUACGCUGCGGAAAAGAUCUCAGGAGGAGGUGGAGGCCCUGUUUCCUGUAGAGGAGGAGCAGGUGGAAGGAGGUCUGUUUCUGCCCAUAGCAUUGCAAAAGUUCGAUCAGGUGACCAAGGCGCUCGGGGUGGAUGAGAGGGAUCUGGGCGGCAAAGACAGCCAGCUGAACGCUGCCUACAAUUCCCAGAAUGCCAUGUCCCUCGAGGAUGAGUAUGAAGCGGAAGAAGGGCAGGAAGAAGGGAAUGAUGACAUGGCAGCAGAUGGAAAGAGUGAUGUAGGAUUGAGCUUCUCCAAGAGAUUUGGUGGCUUCGUCAAAGGGAGGCACAGCUACAGAAAGCUGAUGACUCCGGGAAGAUCGUACCAGAAGAGAUAUGGUGGCUUCAUCGGCAUCCGGAAGUCGGCCCGCAAGUGGAACAACCAAAAACGUUUCAGCCAGUUUCUGAAGCAGUAUCUGGGCAUGAGCAGCCGGGCCAAUGAGUUCAACAGUGUGUCAGAGGACCUCACCCAACAGAAUGAAAUUUAGCAGAGUGCACCGUUAAGCCAACAACAUAAAACAGAUGUAUUUUCACCAAUCUUGUUUUGUAUUUUACUCACCAACAGUUCAAACUCUAACUGGCGUUGCCAAGGUCGACCUAUUCAAAUUAAGUUAUUAACCAAAACUCAAAGAUUCCUGUAGAGUAAUUAUAAACAUUGGGUCCCACUGAAACUUGCAUUCACUUCA